AUGGGAUUUAGCUUCUCCCUGUUUUUGUUUUUGGCUUCUUUCCCUGUGAUUUUGGCCCAACAAGUUAGGCACGCUACAAUUUCUGUUGAUGGAACUACUGCAGUUGCUGUAACCGAUGAUAAUUUUGUUUGUGCUACUCUUGAUUGGUGGCCGCAUGAUAAGUGUAAUUACAACCAAUGUCCAUGGGGCUAUUCAUCUGUAACAAACUUGGACUUAUCUCAUCCUCUUCUUGCCAAAGCAAUCCAAGCCUUCAGGAAUUUGAGAAUAAGAAUUGGAGGUUCUUUGCAAGACCAAGUAUUGUAUGAUGUUGAAAGUUUGAAAGCUCCUUGCCAUCCAUUUAGAAAAAUGAAAGGUGGGCUAUUUGGUUUUUCAAAGGGCUGUUUACACAUGAACCGGUGGGAUGAACUGAACCAUUUAUUCAGUAGAACUGGGGCCAUCGUGACAUUUGGCUUGAAUGCCCUCUAUGGAAGACACCAGAUUAGGAAGGGUGUCUGGGGAGGAGCUUGGGAUUCUAGUAAUGCUCGUGAUUUCAUGAACUACACUGUCUCAAAAGGAUACAGGAUAGAUUCUUGGGAAUAUGGUAAUGAGCUGAGUGGAAGUGGUGUAAGUGCAAGUGUGAGUGCUGAGCUUUAUGGGAAAGAUUUGAUCAACCUUAAAGAUCUUGUCAACAAUAUGGUUUUUGACAAGCAGUGGUAUGCUAAGUUUCUUCAGGUUUCAGGAUCAGGCAUAGUCAACUUUGUAACACAUCAUAUAUACAACUUGGGCGCAGGCAUGGAUCCCAACCUUGUGAGUAAAAUAUUGGAUCCCCAUUAUUUGAGCAAGGUAUCAGAAACCUUCAGUCAUCUUUCACAAACGAUUCAACAGAAUGGUCCUUGGGCUUCUGCUUGGGUUGGGGAAUCUGGUGGGGCCUAUAACAGUGGUGGUCGUCAUGUUUCUGACACAUUUGUGAACAGCUUCUGGUACUUAGAUCAGCUUGGAAUGGCAUCCAGGUAUAAUACAAAGGUAUAUUGCAGGCAGACACUUAUUGGUGGCAACUAUGGUCUCCUCAACACAACCACACUUGUCCCCAAUCCUGACUACUACAGCGCCCUUCUAUGGCAUCGACUAAUGGGGAAAGGUGUUUUAGCUGUAGGAAGCAAUGCUUCACCAUUUCUACGCUCUUAUGCCCAUUGUUUGAAAGGAAGAGCAGGUAUAACGUUACUGCUGAUCAAUUUAAGCAAUCAGACUGAUUUCAUAAUCAGUGUUCAAAACAGCAUGGACAUGAGAUUGCAUGUGGAAGAAAACAUUUCUGGAGAAAACUUUUUCGUGCAGGGCCUUAAGAGAUCAGUUUCAUGGGUUGGAAGCCGAGCAUCAGAUGAACCAUUAUAUAGAGAGGAGUACCAUUUAACUGCAAAAGAUGGGAACCUUCAAAGCCGAACCAUGGUUCUUAAUGGAAUCCCAUUAGAGCUUACAGAAGAAGGAAACAUUCCGAAAUUGGACCCUGUCCGUCUGAAUGUGAAUUCUCCAUUAUAUAUCAAUCCUUUUUCGAUUUCAUUCAUAGUAUUCCCAAACUUUGAUGCUCCAGCUUGUGCAUAA